GAAAACAAAACACUGCGCUCCCAAGCGACCGACGCCAUUGUUCCGGUGGUCGGCCGUUCAGUGGCUAGAGUCAAACAUUUUCUAAUUUCUCCUAGGCUAGUGACCUGGUGGACCAUCUGGGUCCUUGAAGUUGUUUUGGGGUCUAGUCUUGUCAUCAAGAUCUCACAAUGACUUCCUAUUAUAAUGAUGAGGAUGAGGGACAAGAUCUCAAGCUUGAAGAUGAGGGCCAUGUUGUCAAACUUCGCGGCCUCCCCUGGUCCACAACAGUGGGAGAAAUCUACAACUUUUUCAGCGACUGCAACAUCAAAAAUGGCAAAUUAGGCAUUCAAAUGACACUGUCUCGUGAAGGCAGACCGAGUGGCGAGGCAUAUGUUGAAAUGAUGUCUGAAGAAGAUGUUGAAAAGGCUUGUAAGCGAGACCGUGAUCACAUGGGCCACCGGUAUAUUGAAGUUUUCAAAGCUAAGCGCUCAGAGAUGGAAUGGGUUGUGAAGCGCAGUGGCCUCUUAGUUGAAGACUCAGCUGAUGAUGCCUGUAUUAGGCUCAGAGGCCUGCCCUUUGGAUGUGCUAAAGAUGAAAUUGCAAAAUUCUUUGACGGGUUGGAGAUAGUUCCCAACGGGAUUUCCAUACCAACAGACUACAUGGGAAGGAGUUCGGGGGAGGCUUACGUACAAUUUGCAAACAAAGAAAUGGCUGAGAAAGCUAUGGAGAAGCACAAGGAGAAGAUAGGACACAGGUACAUCGAGAUUUUCCGCAGCAGCCUGGCCGAGGUCCGCGCUGCCAUCAGCCCCAAGAUGCGUCCCAUGGUCUCCGGACCCUUCAGCAACAGGCCCGCGCCCUACGACCGCAAUGACCGCUUCGGCGGCGCCAACAGAUUCAACAACAUGGGUCGCGGUGGUGGCGGCGGCGGCGGAGGUGGUGGAGGCGGCGGCGGUGGCGGCCCGGUGGGGCGUUACAUGAAAAGCGACUUCGGCGGCGGCUUCAAUGAUGACGGCCCCGGACCGUGGGGCGGCUGGGGCAAUGGCGGUGGCAUGCGCUCCGGCGGCGGCCCCGGACCCUCGCCCAUGCGUGGCGGCGGCGGCGGCGGCAUGGGAGGAAUGGGCGGCGGCAUGGGCGGCGGCAUGGGAGGAGGAAUGGGCGGCGGCAUGGGCGGUGGCAUGGGCGGAGGAAUGGGCGGCGGCAUGGGCGGAGGAGGCAUGGGCAUGAAGCCCAGCUACAGCGGCCCAGGAGGACCAGGCAUGAGCAGAAACGGCGGCUGGAGCGGCGGCCCCGGUGGUGGCGGCGGCGGUGGCGGCGGCCACAACAUCCACAUGCGAGGCCUCCCCUUCCGCGCCACGCAGUCAGACAUCGCCGAGUUCUUCCGGCCGAUGGUGCCCGCCAGCAUCAGGCUCGUGUACGACAACAGCGGCAGGGCGUCUGGCGAGGCCGACGUUGAAUUCGCCAGCCACGAGGACGCCGUCAAGGCCAUGUCCAAGGACAAGAGCAACAUGCAGCACCGAUACAUCGAGCUUUUCCUCAACUCGUCGCCCAGCCCCCCGAUGGGUGGUGGCGGCGGAGGCGGCGGCGGUGGUGACUUCGGCAGCAUGGGCGGAAGCGGCGGCGGCGGCGGGUUUGGUGGUGGCAGUGGCGGCUACGGUGUUGCCAGCAGCAACUUCUCCCGAGGCUUUUCUGGCGGCGGCGGCGGCGGCGGCAUGGGAUUCAACAGCCCCAUGGGUGGCGGCGGAGGCUACAACAACUUCUAAAGUACCUUACGUUUUCUUUACGCGCUCAGAUAAACCAAUCAAGGUGUAGGUUUUUGAUUGUCAUUUCUGAUUACCUAAAAGUGAUUUUUAUUUAAUUUUUGUUGCUCGGUGUGAGCUUGUGUAUUAGAGGGCUUAUAAAUU